AUGGAUUUGCAGUUGCCAGAUUACACUCGAAUUCUAAUAGAGAAAAUCCCGUACGUAGAAUUGCGAUUUGUUUUGUUGCAGCGCGCACAAGAGUUUUAUUCUAAUUAUGCAAAGAAAGUAGGGUUCGUGACUAGGACUAGGAAUACCAACUUUGACAAGAUAAGGAAGAAAUCAAGGAUACCCAUUAACCAAUCGAUACAUUGCAAUCGUGAAGGUUAUCAGGAGUCUCAAGUGAAGGCAGCAUCUCGGGUAAAGAAAAUAACAACGGCGAGGUGCAGAUCAAGGAUGUACGUGAUGUUUGAUAGGCAGAAGGAUAAUUGGAUGGUGUCCAAAUUAGAACUAAAGCAUACUCACCCGUGUUCUGCUAAGCAAGCUGUCUAUUACCACGAGUACAGGGAACUGAACAUGCAUGCCAAGUGCGUGAUUCUGGACAAUGAUGAGGUUGGCAUAUGGACCAACAAGACUUACGUCGCACUAGCAAAUGAGGUUAGUGGGUCAUCAAAUUUGGGUUACUCAGAAAAGGAUGUGAGAAAUUACACUACAAGAAAUAUGCGCUUAGAUGUGGAUGCAGCUAACAAGUUUAGGAGUGCACUCUGGGUAGACGCAAAGUGCAAGGCGUCCUACGAAUAUUAUGGAGACGUGGUGUCGUUUGAUACAACGUACAGUAGAAACAAGCAUGGGCUACCAUUUGCAUCUUUUGUUGGUGUCAACCAUCACGGGAAGUCCACCUUAAUCGAAUGUGCUUUGCUGGGGAACGAGGAAAUAUGUAGCUUUGAGUGA